AUGGGGAUGCUACGGGAUAGGAAGGACUGGGAGGCUGGUGCCUGUGAGCCCGAGAGCUGUCAGAUCCUGGACACCCAGCAGGAUGCUGGGGUGGUGGAAGGAUCCUGCCUGUACUCAGGGGGCCGAACUAACAACGAGCGGAGAAAUUGGUUGGCUGCGGCCGUAGCACCCCGCCUGCAGGGCCGGGCCAGCUGCCCCAGGCGGGCAGCGCGAGGGGCUGGGGGCGCGGAGGGCGAGGGGCCGCAGGGGGGGGCCACGCAGCCGUCUGCCGAAGCCGCGGCCACGGACCGCACCGAGGCUCUGGGCCUGCCAUUUGGGAGUUACACGCGUUCACGCCCGGGGUUCGGCCCGUCGGGUCUUCGCGCUCAGCCUUUCGGUCUACGCGGCCGCAGGAGGGAGGGAGGAGGAGAGGGGCGAACCUCUAAAUACGCGGCAGCCCGCGGGGCCUAUAUAAGCUUGGGUGGAGCGUCCGGAGGCUGGAAGAGGCCAGGCCCGCCCGCCAGCUGGCGGCCGUCCACCGAGCCCCGCCGCGACAUGCAAACCCCGGAGCGCGCAGAGCCCCGGGACGCGGAGGGCGCGCCCGGCCUCCGCCCGCAGCCCGCGGCCCCCGACCGCCAGCCGCGGCGCCGAGGCGCGGACUCCGGACUGCCAGGCUUCUGGAGGCCGUGGGCAGACGCCCGAGGCGGGGAGGGGGCGGCGGCGCCGAGCCCCGACGCGGAGGCGAUGCCGGAUGGCCCCGGAACGUUCGUAGUCUCAGGAAAGCUUUCCCGGUACAGACACCCAGUCAGACUAUUUUGGCCAAAAUCAAAGUGUUAUGAUUACUUAUAUCAAGAAGCAGAAGCUCUUCUGAAAAGUUUUCCAAUUCAAGCCACAAUUUCAUUUUAUGAAGAUUCUGAUAGUGAAGAUGAGAUUGAGGAGCUGACAUGUGAAAAUUAAUCUGAUUAGUUCCUUUGAUGACAUUCAAAGCUUGUAGGAUCUAAAUUUAGUGUACAAAUGUAUCGUAAUCCUUUUAAACUAAUUUAUUUGUAUAUAAGUUAUUAAUAAA